UGUCAUAUCAACGUGGUGUUAGGUUAUGUUAAAAAUUCAAAUUUAAUUAAUAUAAAAUAAAAAUAUUCUUAUCGUAGGACCUCGUUCGACUUAAAAUAUUCUUUGCGUUGGAGUGCCCGAGCUGUUGAUUUGUGGAGACAAUAAAUAUUAGUGGUGAAUUUAUAAUUCUAAAGCCAUGUCGUCGUCAUUCUUUUUAAAAGGAAAGUCUAGACAAAUUCUAAAGCGAAAAGGAGAGAAAACCAGCAAGAAGAAAGUUAAAAAGCUGAAAUCUCCAGAUAACCUCGAAAAUGGUCAUGAUUCAUCAGGAAGUGAUUUUGAUUUAAAAAAGUUUUCUGACGCAGAGCAGUCAGACAGCGAUAACGAGACUGCUGAAGAAAAAAAGUUGAGGUUGGCGAAGAAGUAUCUUGAAGAAAUAGAAAAAGAGGAAGCAAAAAGAGCCGAAUUUAAAGAGCUCGAUAGCGCUGUGGAGAAGCGUUUACAAAAAGAUUUAUUGGAACAAAGAGGUAAACUUCGAGUUGAAGUAGCUACCAAGUACAGUGAGACUGCAAUAGAUUAUGUUAAAUUAAUAAGAGCCAGGGAACACAGGCUUUCCUUAACAUGUGUUUGUGUUGCGAGUAAUGGUCAGUAUCUGUUUACGGGUUGCAAAAGUGGUACUAUCAUUAAAUGGAGUAUAAAUGAAAAGAGAAAACUUGGAAGCUUAACUUUCAAAACCCAUGCCAACUUUAUAAAAGGCAGUGUUACUUCUCUAGCAUUGUCAACAGACUGUAAAUAUUUGGCCUCAUCUGAUACAUCUAGUGACAUUCAAAUUUGGGAUCCACAUUCACUAAAACAUAUUCAUGUAUUCAAAGGUCAUAAAGGAACUGUUAUAGGUGUAGUGUUUAGGAAAAAUACACAUUUUUUAUAUUCAGCAAGUAAGGAUAGAUCUGUUAAAAUUUGGUCAUUAGAUGAAAUGGCAUAUGUGGAAACAUUAUUUGGGCACCAAUCACCAAUAACAUCAAUAGAUGCCUUAACACGAGAGAGAGCUGUUACAUCGGGAGGAAGAGAUACAACUAUAAGAAUAUGGAAAAUUGUGGAAGAAUCACAGCUGAUUUUUAAUGGUCCUAUUGGUAGUCUUGAUGAAGUGAAGCUUUUGGAUGAAGAACAUUUUGUGUCUGGUAGUGAUAAUGGAACUAUAGCCCUUUGGAGUGUAUUAAAAAAGAAACCAAUGUACUCAGUGCCCGAAGCUCAUGGGUCUGAAAAUGAAGUUUCUAGAUGGAUAACAAGUUUGGCAACACUAUUAAAUUCUGAUCUUUUUGCAUCUGGUUCAUAUGAUAAUAAUAUAAGAUUAUGGCGAGUUUGUGAUUCAUAUAAAAAGUUUGAGCCAAUGUUUAGCAUAGAGAUUAGUGGUUUUGUAAAUUGUAUACAAUUUUCUGCUGAUGGACAGCAGUUAUAUGCAGCAGUUGGACAAGAACACAAGUCUGGAAGAUGGUAUAAACAAGGGAAUGCUAAGAAUGGGUGCCUAGUUAUAAAAUUUAAUGUAAGCUGAUAAAAAUAAAAAGUUUUACAAAAUUUUAA